AUGAGGAGGAUCUUUUUGUUCACCUUCUUCUUCUUUGUAUCUCUUCUAGUAAUUUCUCUCCCUCGCAAGCCUAUGAUCAGCAAGCCUCAUGAGAGCAAGCCUACGAUAGUUCUACCUCUAUAUACCAAUUCAAGGUGGAUUGUGGACGAAGGAGGGAAACGGGUGAAGCUAGCAUGCGUGAAUUGGGUGUCACAUCUGGAACCCAUGGUGGCUGAGGGCCUUAGCAAGCAGCCCAUGGAUGCAAUCUCCAAGAAGAUUGUAUCCAUGGGAUUCAACUGUGUUAGGCUCACUUGGCCACUUUUUUUGGUCACCAAUGACUCAUUGGCUUCUCUCACUGUAAGACAGUCCUUUCAGAGUCUUGGGCUGUUUGAAUCUAUUGCCGGAAUCCAGGCCAACAACCCCUCCAUCAUUGAUCUCCCCCUCAUAAAAGCUUACCAGGCUGUGGUGUCUAGCCUAGGGGCAAAUAAUGUGCUGGUCAUCUUGGACAAUCGCAUAAGCAAGCCCAGUAGCUCUAAUGGUAAUGGGUUCUUUGGCAACCAGUAUUUCGAUCCGGACCUCUGGAUGAAGGGACUAACUCGGAUGGCGACCAUCUUUAAUGGUGUCACCAAUGUGGUUGGCAUGAGCUUGAGGAAUGAGCUCCAAGGCUCCGGACAGAAUGUGAAUGAUUGGUAUAGGUACAUGGAAAAAGCAGCUGAAGCAGUGCAUUCAGCAAACCCAGAUGUUCUUGUCAUUAUCUCCGGCUUGAGUUACGGCAAAGACUUGUCAUUUCUUCGCAAUCAACAAGUAAACCUCACAUUCACCAGAAAGCUAGCAUAUGAGGUACACUGGAAUGGGUUAUCAGAUGCAAAGGCAUGGGAAUCUGGCAACCAAAAUGAAGUAUGUAAGAGAGAGGUGGAUAAUUUCAUGAGAUUGUCAGGAUUUUUGUUGGAUCAAGGUUGGCCAUUGUUAGUGAGUGAGUUUGGGAUGGACCAAAGAGGAACCAAUGUAAAUGACAACAGGUAUAUGAAUUGCUUCAUAGGCGUGGUGGCUGAACUUGACCUGGACUGGUCCUUGUGGACACUUGUUGGAAGUUAUUAUAUAAGAGAGGGGGUAAUUGGGUUCAAUGAGUACUAUGGAGUGCUUGACUGGAAUUGGUAUGAAAAUCGAAAUUCAAGCUUCUUGCAAAGGAUCUCUGCUCUCCAAUCUCCUUUUCGAGGGCCAGGCCUACCAGAAGAUAAUCUACACAAUUUGAUUUUUCAUCCAUUAACAGGUCUCUGUGUGCUUAGAGAAUCAAUUUAUAAGCCCCUCAAGCUUGGCACUUGCAAUAAAUCCGAAGCCUGGAACUACCUACCACAGAGAACUUUAACAUUAAAGGGAACAGAUUUUUGUAUAGAAGCAUUUAGACUGGGAGAACCAGCAAUGUUGGGUUACACUUGCGCCCUCUCUAGUUACCAAUGGGAAACCAUCUCAGAUUCUAAAAUGCAUCUCUCAUCGAAGGUUUUCAAUGGUUCCAGAGCAUGCCUAGAUGUAGAUUCCGAAAAUACAGUUGUUGUAAACAGUUGCAAGUGCUUAAGUGGAGAUAACAUGUGUGACCCAGGGAGCCAGUGGUUCAAGCUUGUUGACAGCACAAAUUCAAGUUAUACAAGUCCCGCUCUUGAGCUAGACACGGCCUUCGCUUAUCCUUAUCGAUGUUCUCUCUAUGUAUCACUUUGGUUUGAUUUGAGUUUGAGUUCAUAA